CUCCCCGGAGUUCGGCGCGAACUGCGCGCUCUGGCCGCAAUGGGGCCGCGGCGGCUUCCCCUCCUGGUGGCGGCUCUGGCCGGCUGCCUGCUUCCUGCCCGGGGCUGUGUCAUGUGUGAUCCAAAGGUCGUGGAGGCGCUAAACUCCUUGGAGACGGAUUACCUGCCUGGCCACCUGGAGGCCAAGCAUCACAAAAAUGUGAUGGAAAGGGUAAAGCAGGCAGUGGAAGCUUUCAAGGACCUGCCGAUUGACGAGGAUUCCUAUAUGGGGGUCGUCGAUGAGGCCACACUGGAAAAGGCAGCUUGGAGUUUGCUGAAGGAUCUGAAACGCAUCAUGGACAGUGAUGUAAAAGGUGAGCUCUUCGUGAAGGAGCUGUUCUGGAUGUUGCGCCUGGCAAAGGAUAACUUUGCCAGCUACGCUGCGCAGUUUCAAAAAGCGGCUUUUUGUCCCAACAAAUGUGGUUUGAUGUUGCAGCCUCUGAUCUGGUGCAGUACCUGCCAGAAGCAGGUUCACUCCUGUCGAAAGUCCUCGAAUUGCGGAGAGCGCAAAGUCAAGGUCCAUCAAAUGGAAGAUAUGAUCCUGGAUUGUGAGCUCAACUGGCAUAAAAUCUCUCAAGGCCUGACGGAUUACAGCUUUUACAGGGUUUGGGGGAACCAUUCUGAGACCUUGAUGUCCAAGGGGAAGGAGCCCACCCUGACCAAGACCAUGGUGCGUGCAAAUGAUGCAGGCACCUAUCGCUGCGAGCUGGGCUCCGUGCAAUCCAGUCCAGCCACGAUCAUCUAUUUUCAUGUCACAGUAUUGCCCAAAAGAAUCGUGGAGGAGAUACCGUCACCAAACACUGAAACCAAGGAUGAGGUGGCCCCAGGUGAGGUGACUUUGGAUCGCCCCCAGACGGCCACAACCCUCCAGUCGCAGUCUCCGAAGCCAGAGAAAGUGCUGAGAAGCCGCCUGGUCGGGCUGCUGACCUGGGGCUUUGUCGUGCUGAUAGCCAGCGUUGCAACCGCGAUACUUUUCUCUCGGUCUGGGAAAGUGAUCGAUUUCAUAAAGUCCUCCUGGUUCAGCACUGGCAAUGGAGCUGCUCAGGACUCUGGGGUUUCAAAAGAAAAGACCAAAGAAUCAAGGAGAAAAUAAAUAUUU